UUUAAUUUUAUUUCUGUUUAUUUUUAUUUCUUCGAUUUUUUUAAGCACGCGCAGCAGGAAGACAGAUCAACAGUGUAGAGAACAGAAUGUGGCUCUUUGGUUAUGGAUCCUUGACUUGGAAAGUUGAUUUUCAUUAUGAAAAAAAGAUGGUUGGGUACAUUGAAGGAUUUUCUCGUAGAUUUUGGCAAGGUAGCCCUGAUCAUCGUGGGACUCCAAACAAGCCUGGAAGAGUGGUGACAUUGGUGAGAAAUCCAGAGGAAGUUGUGUGGGGUAUUGCAUAUAAGCUUUCUGAAGAUUCACUCAAUGAAACAAUAUCAAAUUUAGACCACAGAGAGAAAGCAGGAUAUUCUAACAUGGACAUCUUAUUCCAUCCACAAGACUGCACUGUCAAGCCCUUUCAUAUAUCUGUAUAUGUCGCAAAUAAACAUAACCCUCACUAUCUAGGCCCUGCAUCCGAAAAAGAUAUUGCAAGGCAAGUUAUAGACUCAUAUGGACCAAGUGGACCAAAUUCUGAAUAUUUGCUACAGCUUGCUAAGGUCAUGAGGAGUAUAGUUCCAGACUAUGAAGACAAACAUUUGUAUGAGCUGGAGAAACUUGUACAAGAAAAUAUACAAUAAUUAUGUUUAUUUAUUUAUUAAUUAAUAGUUAUAAACAUAAACUUUUUCUCUCUGGCAAAAGAAAAUAAUAAAUUGUCGAGAGGGAGAAACCCCCAAAUAUUCAAUUCAAUAGCUCAUUUGAAAAAUUAAAUAAGUUAUUAACCUCCAAUCAGAAAAAAAUAUAUAUAAUUUUUGCCGAUUUAUUCACAUUUUUAAGUUAAUUACUUAACCUUUUCAGUAGUGUGUAGUGGCGAUAUCUAAUUUACCAUUAGUUUUAGCUUGGGUCAUUGCGCAGAGAGUGUUCUGGUAUAAUCACCAUCUCUUCUAUGCUGCUCUUAGUGUUAAACAUUUGUAAUGAUGUACGGUAAUUAGAUUUUUGAUGUAUUGGGUUAAAGUUCAAAGUAAAAAUAAAAUGGCUGCACCUAGUAUAAGAGCAGGAUUAAUACUGGUAUUACCAUAUUCAUGAAAAUGACUGACUGCCACAUGCUGUGGUGGUGCCUGGAAAGGGUUGAACAUACAUAUUAUUAUGCAUUCAAAUAUAGAAUGAAUUUUUCAAUUUUUUAAAGUUCAUGAUAGACAGUACAUCUUCAAACAAUCAUAUUUUAAUUUAAUGCUACCUGUACUUACAAAUUUAAUACAACAUUUUGUUGAAAACAUUAGAAUACUAUAGUAUAUGAAUAAGUAGUGGUACAAAUGUUCUGUUUUUUAAGAGAAGAGUGAAACUCUGUAGAUUGCUAGAACUAUGUGAUCAUUUUCAGUCCCAGCUCUAGAUCUGUUUUGCCUUUUAAGCAUAAUUUCUUGAGACUUAAUAAAAAUAGGCCUAAAUAUAACUGCAUUCUAAA